AUGAAGUCAACAGGUCAGAAAACUGAAGAAAUUGACCAAAUUCAAGAAGAGGAGGUAGUUACUGCUGACGUUCAACUUAAUCCAGAAAACAUGGAUAUUGAUGAAAAAAAGUCACAAAUUUAUUCACCAAGUAACAGAUUAAAACAUGCAGGAUACAUCAAGUAUGUAAGUCUUGUUAUAUUGACAAUUCAAAAUGCUGCUCUUGGUCUUAGCAUGAGAUAUGCUCGGACAAGAGAAGUUGUUAUGUUUUCACCAGCAGCAGCUGUUUUAAUGGCAGAGUUUGUCAAGUUAUUAAUAUGCAUUGUACUUGUGAUAAAAGAAUUGGGAAAUUUAAAAAAGGGAAUUUGGUCAAUGUAUACAACUGUUAUAUUAAAUAUUAAGGAUACUCUACGUGUUUCUGUGCCAUCAUUUUUAUAUGUAGUCCAGAAUAAUCUACUUUAUGUUUCUGCCUCGAAUUUGGAUGCUGCUACAUAUCAGGUCACCUACCAAUUGAAAUUACUUACUACAGCAUUUUUCGCCGUAAUUGUAUUAAAAAGAAAACUACAAAGGUGGCAAUGGUGUGCUUUGGGUCUAUUAGCAGGCGGUGUAGCUCUUGUGCAAUUGUCAUCAGGCGCAAAAGAAUCUAAAAAAACACCAAAUAUUCAAGAACAGUCUAAAGUAAUUGGAUUCAGCGCAGCAUUAGCAGCAUGCUUCAUAUCAGGAUUCGCUGGAAUCUAUUUUGAAAAAGUGCUCAAAGAGUCUGAUAUAUCUGUUUGGAUGAGGAAUGUUCAGUUAAGUUUACUAUCAUUACCUUUUGCCACCAUUACCUAUCUUAUUAAAGAUUCCAUGAAAGACUUAUUAGUAGUCGGUACUCUUUUGGUAAUUGGUUCCAUAUUUUUGUAUGGAUAUGUUCCUAAGAAGAAAGAACCUCGAACAUCUUUGAGUGUA